UCCCCUUCCCCAAAAAGACCACCACAAACCCCUUCCCUAAUCCUUCCCCAAAACCCUAAACCCUAGCGCCAUGAUCGAUUGCCCCUCCGAUCAUCCGCCGUAGAAGUCGCCAUCUGCGAUCGCGUGCUCCUUCUCAUUGUCUCCUCCUCUCGCCCCGCGAGAUCCGCGAUCGCCAUGGGCGACGACGCCGACCCCGAUUACAAGCUCUUCCUCGAGCACCUCCGCGUCGAUGGCAAAUCCUACGUUCUCGAGAUGAUCUGCGAGGAUUCGCGAUCGCAUUUGCGUAUCAAGUACGAGGAUGACGAGGAUUCGAGCGACAUCAUCCAAUCUCAUCGCAGCGGAGACGGCAGCGCGAACGGGCCGAGUUCCUGCCCUAGCGAGAAGAAGACGACGACGACGACGACGAAGCGGACGAGGGCGGGUUCGGGAUCGAACUCGAGCGAGAUAGCCGCUUGUUGCCCUGAACCCGCCGAUCAGUUUGAUGUUCGGAUCUCGAUGUUCGACGAUAGCUAUCGGAUUUUCUUGGAUCACGUCCGGGUUGUGGAUGGGAAAAUGGUCCUUGAAUUGGAUAACAAUGUGGUUGUUAGGUAUGAAGAGGAGGAGGAGGAGGAGGAAGAAGAAGAAGAAAAAGAAAAAGAAAAAGAAGAGGAGAAGAAUGAGGAGGAAGAAGAUGUCAAAGAAGAAGAAAUCAAGGAGCAAGAGAGGCAAGAGGAGUUGUUAGUUGAAUCUGAAGUUGUCGAAAAAGAAAGCGAACGUGGAUCGAAUGAGAUGGCGCUGAAGCUUACGGACCUUUCUAAUGAGUCUCCGAAGACCCCCGCUAACGUUCCCACCUUGAAAAACGAUGGCUGUCCCGAAGAGAUCCUUGGUAGGGUACCAUCUGAGUUCAAGAGCAGGCUGAUGAGUGUACUUCGACAGCCAUUCGAUCAGAGUGAAUAUGAUGAUCUUAUGGCAAUGGCGACUCGUCGCAUACGUAUAACGAAGUUCAAGGAGUUGCGAAACAUGUCCAUACCUUAUUCAACAAAUGCGUUGGGCUAUUCAUAUUUUGAUCAUUACCCAGAUCUUGCCAGACAGAUGGAAUGUGCUGAUCCUCACAGGGGAUUGAGUCUGUUGCGUGGGUUCUUCUUUUGGUUACAGAAUGUUGGCCAUGAAGGAGCAUUUAUGCCCUGGGUGGCUGCAUCCACAAGCUACAAGUCAGUGCCUUACAAUGAUUGCAAGAAAACAGUUUCGCACCAGAGUUCAAAUUGAAAUUUUCUGGAAGAUGAGUUUGGGGACAUCUUUAUCUUGUUCUGUAAAUAAAUCAGGCCUCUCAUCAGUAUAAAUUAACUAUCGGGGUUAAAAGCUAUGGUUCUUUUUGUAAAUGUAUAUGCUCAACCUGGGAUUUUCGUUUCUAGUAACAUCAUGCUUGGGCACUGGUUAA